AUGGAAGACGCAAACAAUUUCAGCACUUUGGACAGCGGCGAGUCUUCGGAAGAACCGCUGUCAUCCGUUAUUUUGUGCACUGUGCUGACGGUCUACAGCGUGACCAUCGUGGUUGGGGUUUUGGGGAAUGUCACUCUGAUUAAAGUAUUCUUCGCCGCCAAGAGCAUGCAAACAGUGCCAAAUAUCUUCAUCGCGAGCCUCGCGGUCGGGGAUACUGUGCUGUUAAUAACAUGUGUUCCAGUGGAAACGACGCGCUACUUGGCAGACACCUGGUUGUUCGGUCGAGUUGGCUGUAAGAUCAUUUCCUUCAUUCAGCUCACCUCAGUCGGAGUAUCUGUUUUCACGCUGACGGCACUAAGCGCGGACAGAUACCAGGCUGUUGUGAGGCCCCUGGAUGUGCAGCUCUCCAAUGCCAAACAGCGCACCUGUAGCUGGGCUGGUCUCAUCUGGGUGGUAUCUAUGCUCCUCGCUGUCCCCGAGGCCAUUUUCUCUGACCUCUAUUCCUUCACUGUGCCGGGGACCAACCGGUCCCUGGAGACCUGCGCACCCCAGCCACCGUCAGGGAGAAGGUGGCAGGAGAUGCACUCCCUGGCAUAUUUCUUGGUCCUCUACCUGGUCCCGCUGACUGUCAUUUCGACCUAUUACUGCCUAAUUGCCAGGACGCUGAUGUGGAGCAGCUCCAGCAUGCCUGGGGAGGAGCACUCCCAUGUUCGAAAACAGAUUGAAUCUCGCCGGCGCUUGGCCAAGACGGUGCUGGUGCUGGUGCUUCUAUUCGCCCUGUGCUGGCUGCCCAACCACCUGCUGUACCUGUACCGCUCCUUCAAUUAUCAGUCCAUCGACCCCUCCAUCGCUCACCUGCUGGCCACCUUCCUGAGCCGGGCCCUGGCCUUCAGCUCCUCCUGUCUCAACCCCUUUGCCCUCUAUUGGCUCAGUCGAUCCUUCCGCAGGCACUUCAACCGGCAGCUGUGCUGCCUCUGCCCCCGCCGCCUCUGUCAGUCCCGCUGCCCCCGGCAACCGCAUCCGUGCACCAGCACUGACCACGGCACCACCUCUAACACCAGAGCAUCCCUGCCUCUCACUGACGUGAAGAGCCACCCAGAGGAUGACACCGGUAGACGGGUGGAUGAGGAGUGA